GAUAACCUUAUGUCAACGCAAACAAAACUAUGUCAAAAUUUUAUCUAAAUUCAGUGUAAAAACAAUAACAAUUUCACAAUUACAAUUUAUGUGCAGUGAUCGAUGUACUCAGUGUAUUAGUUUUAUUAUUAAAUCAACGUGAUGGCGGAAAAAUCAUCUGACUCAAGUCCCAGUGAUGUGGCCAGCACUCCUCGCAAUGAAGACAGACAGUCUGGCAACUGGUGGGACACAUGGCUGACGUCUGCCAAGAGCAAGUCAGCUGAAGUGUACACCAUGGUCAAGAAAGAUCUAGAUGAAAUAGGCAGCGCCGUGAAAAGCGAAGCGAGCCAUGUCUUCAGUACCACAUCUAAUGUGAUAGGCAAGACUUUUAAGUUGGACGUACCUGAAUCGCCAGCUAAUGUUGUCAAGAAGAGUCUCAGUACCUUUAUAGGCCAAGUGAGCACGGUACUGAACCCUGAACCCGACGAUGAGGACGACACCGAAGUCAUACUGUCCUCGGGAGACACCACGAUGCUCUCCACUUACAAAAAAGAACUAGAAGCCCUGCAACGCGUGGACGCAACGUUCAUCGUGCCCGCGUACAGUCCGGAGUUCGAGGCGUGGCUCGCGAGUCUCGAGUCCACGGAGGGAGGCGUCCUGAGUCCCACGGCGGCCGUGCGGAGACUCGACUCCAACCCGAUACUCAAGGCGCAGUAUGAGAAGCUCGUGCCUGAUGCGGUCUCACAUGAGGAGUUUUGGGAACGGUACUUGUUCCGCGUGGCGCUGCUGCAGGACCGGCUGGCGGCGGCGUCGCGCAAGCAACCCAUCGAGGAGCCCUCCACCGACCCCGUGCUCGCGCAUCUGCCGCUACAGACGCCCGUGGAACAAAGUCCAAAAAAAACUAUGUCGGGUUUGGAGGAAGAGAAACCUUACGACGGCUCUGAUAUAGACACCGCCGUCGCCUGGGAGGACGAAGACUUCGCAAAUGACGUAGAACUUACCGAAGAACAACAAACGCUGCUGCUAGAGGAAUACGAAAAGGAGAUCGCGUCCAAAAAAAUAUCCAAACAAUCCUCCUUCCGAGACGUAAUCAACAAUAACCCUGAAAAAAUAUCCACAGACAACAGCCAGACCACAGACAAAAUGAACAACAAACUGACAGUUGACAAGAAAAACAAAAAUGGCCGUUCGCCAAAAAAGCCCGCCAAAACUGACGUGUGUGGAAAUAACCUAGUCGAGGAUUAUUUCGGCGACAAAGAAGUAAAGGAUGACGCUAGCGCUAAUUCAGACGAGAGCUGGGAGAAAGAUUUUGAAGUAGACGAUGUGGUUGAACAGAAAGCUUGAAUCGAUAUACCGGGCCAGUGAUGUAACGUAAUCGAUAUAUCACACCGUAUGUAUGCCCGUGGUACCAUGGCCUUGUUUGUCGAUAGCGGAACAUCACUAUUCCGGCCAUAGAUAAGUAUUAAAUUGUAUGCAUAAGCCGGACGCGCAAAUAUUUAGCUUGAUCAUUGCACGGUCUGUAUAUUGAAAUAACUCUUCGAAGAAGAAAAAUCUAAACCAUUUAAAGUAAUUUAUACUCUACGAAGUAUAGCAUAAAAUCGAUUUUAAUAAUUCGACAGUAUGUAUUUGAACACCAAUGAUAAAUUUAAAAAUCCAUGUCGUUAUCAUAGAUUUUACUUAUUUUUUUUUUGCGAAUUAAUGUUAACUUUGGAAUAAGUAGUUUCCGUAUACAAUGGAAUCACUAAGGCCGAAAAUCGGUUGCGAAAUGGACCGAUCAGAUGAAAGUUUUAUUGACAUGGGGUAGUCUCGGGAUCGAUUCAAAGAUAGCUAUUAGGAUCGUUUACUAAUUUUGUCUAUAAAUCUCAAGAGUUUCAAUAUACAGAUCAUCAAAACUCAUGGCUACAACCAAUUAUUCAAAUAAACUGAGCCAACAACCGAACAUUACUGUGGCCAUUUCGUCUUAUGAGCCUUAAUAAAUGCCUUUAGUCCAGCGCGCGGUUUGACGUGCAAUCGAAAUUUAGUGUGGACUGAAAAUGUAAUUAUAAUUUUAGGAUUAUGCGGGGUGUAAAUUAUUGUAUUUGUAAAAAUUACUGCUCGAUACACGUGUGUCAACCCUAACGUCGAUAUUUUAUGAUCUGUCAAUGCUUUAUGCCUACGUUGUACAACGAGUAAGGUUGUCAAAAAGUGGUUAUUUUAGGUAACACAAUGGAAAAGUAAUUUUUCAGGCUUUUUAAUAAAAUUUAAAUCGAUAAAAUAUAGUAAUUAACUUUGUAAAAUGCAAAUCAAAGUAAAAAGUGGUAAUAUAGUUUUAAUACCAAACUUUUUGUUAAAAGCAGCAAAAAAUACAAGCUGCUGUUUUAAAAAAACCUUGUUUUCGAAAUUCAAAAAUACAAUGACAUACACCCCGUACACUAAAUAUAGAGUAAGUGCACAUUUUUUUUGUAUUGAGCCCCCUUUUUCAUCCCCACCAUCCUUCCUUUGUUGCAUUUAUGAGACACUGAUAUAUUGCACAUUUAUUAUAAGUUAUAUGGAAUUAUAGUUUAUUAGAUCUGUUAUGUUUUUUCUAUUUUUCCAACCAUUCCAAUAUGGAGCUCACCUUUUUUCAGGCAUUUUUUGUACAAAAUCAAUAUAUUUAUUUAAAUCUGAUAUAGUUCAUCUCUAAUGGUUGCAUUAUGUAAUUUGCGCGAGCAUCUCUAUGUGGAUUUCACUUAAACUACCCUAAUGUGGAUCUUAUGGCAGUGUGUUUUAGAUUCAAUUCAUUACUUACCAUUAGAGUGAACUGUAUUGAGAUAUAAUAAUGUACUGCUGGUGGUAGGAUAUAUUUUAUAUCCGCCCGGAUUGCAACCACCGUACACAAGAUGUUAAAACCCGCCAUAUUGGUACAUGUAAGUGCGUCGCGUUCCGGGAUCAGUCUGUGUAUAUCCGGUCCCAAUAAGCCGGCAUAAUUGUGUCGACAUUUUAUCGGAUCCCAUUACACUUACUUUCAGUUGACGCGGCUCAAGUAUAAAAAAAUAUGCCAUGCAACUGCCAUUAAACAAUUAUUAAACUUAUUUAUUUAUAUAUGACAUUGUAUUUUAAUUAUAUGCUCGGAUUGUAAACCGCAAAAUAUGAACAAUGUUUUACAUAAAUGCUAUCUGUAAAUGUACUCUAUCUACUUAGGACAUGAAAUGGAUAAAGCUUAUGCAAUAACUUGAAUUUAUUAAUAAAUUUAAUUACGAAGUAAAUCUACUUGGAGUAGAGGUGCAAUUAUGUGUAAUUAGGCUUGAUACGCACUAUCAAGCCAAUGACCAUCUACUAACUUCAGUCCAGCGUCAGUUAUUUUUAAAUAUUAGUAACGUAUUCUUAGCAUAUUAGUCAAUAUUCUAAUAUAGACAAACAAAAAAAUGUAAAACUGAUUCAAGCUUUAAUGUCAAUCGCGUAAAAAUUACUGUGCUCGCUUCCGAAAUCCAUGUAAUGCUUGCUAAAACAAUUAUAUUUUCUAUAAUUAUUAUUUUUAUUAUUAAUAGCUUUUGUUUGGUGAGCACAUAGACCUAUUCAAUAGUUUGUUUGAGACACCUUUCGUAUGGUACAAUAAUGUAAAGUGUGAUAUCCACGUAAUUUAAGGGCUUUUCGGUAUAGUAGUGAUGUAUAGCUAAGAGUGUUUUAUUGAAUGGAUUCCAUAGAAUAUUCGAGAGCCGUGACGUACUGAAUUUGACGUUAAUAUUGGCAACACUACGUUCAAGCGGGAUUGACAAGUCGGAUUGGUGUGGAUUACAUAGAAUGUAUAAGUAUAAUAUAAUAUGUAAAUGUUUGUUCUAAAAAUAGUUUUUAUACAUAUUAUAACUGUUGAGUUUGAACUAUACACAUAGAGAAUGGACCGUGUGUAAACAGCUGUAAAAUAAUAUUGUUGGAGUGAAAGAGAUAAAGCGAUCGUACGACCUAUAGUUGUCUCGUUCUGGAACUUUAGUUGACGUCAAAGGCUCCACACAGGUGUACACACCUUCGUCGUUAAAGAAAUACAGAAAAGAGAUAGGUAAUGGUCGCUUCGUCUUUUUCUACAAAUAUUUUGCUCAGUCCAUUUUACAUGUAUAUCGUUUGAACUUUGACCUAGUAAAUGUCAAUUUGGGUGUCCCGUAACCUGCUAGACAUAUUUAACCAUUUCAUAAAUAAACACUGUGUAAAUGAGAAGCUCAAAACACCAAGCCUUAUAUAUAUAUUUUUGUCGUAUUGCCCACUUGAACGCGUCCAGUCGCCCUUAUAUAACAUUGAAAUAGGGAAUAUAUUCGGCUACCGCGUGAAGUGCAAUAAAUUUUAUUACCUUUAGACUCUCGGCAAUAUAUUUUAAAAUAUUUAGUGUAAAAAAUAUGUGAGAUAACUCUACCAGUAAUGAGUUUGACAUUAGGUAUCGUUAUGUUUGUAUAAAUUAUCAUUAUGAAUAAAAGUUAUUAAAAAUUGUAA